CAUUACGUUACGGAACGACACCUUACUUAUGCAGUUGGAUUGUUAAAUUGAUUGAAAAAAAUCGAGCUGUCAAAAUCAUAACCCCACUGAAAAUGCCCCCGGCGACUCCUCAAUCCACCACCGCCACCACAGCCGCCGCCUCCGGUUCCGCCGCCAAUCACCGCCAAGGAAACUCCAAUUCCAACCUGAACCCUAACAAAAUUGACCUAAAGAACCCUAACAAUUUCAACAGAGCAACCAAUUCGCGUCUCCUUUCCGUGGAUACCGAUAUGCCCGACCCGAAUUCCUCGACCGGAAAUGCCGCCGGACGUCCAUCUUCUUCGAAUGGCUUAACGCCAAUGAAAAUUGACGGAUGGGAGGAGGAUGCUAUUAUGGCGCGGUCCAAGUAUCUGCAUCGAAUGGAAGUUCUCAAACGGAGGCAUCGACGGACUAAGCAACUCCAGCGUAUAUACAGAGAUUGUUACUGGUCUUUAAUGGAGGAAGUCAAGCUCAAGCAUAGAGAGUAUUGCUGGAAGUUUGGAAUGAGUACUUUUCAGGAAGACGAGGAUAAGAGUAAUAAGGAUGGUACUUUAGGCACUGGAGAGAACAAUGGCAAUGCAGUUAACAGUAAUACGUGUGGAGUUCACGGCUGCAAGGCGAAGUCAAUGGCUCUUACGAACUUCUGUCAUAUGCAUAUAUUGUCUGAUUCCAAGCAGAAGCUGUACAAGGCUUGCACUUAUACCAUCAAAAGUUCGCCAACAGGGCCCAUACUUUGUGGGAAGCCAAUAUUGAGGUCUGCAGUUCCUUCCUACUGCUCUCUUCAUUUUCAGAAGUCUGAGAAGCAUGUGACACGGGCUUUAAAGAAGGCAGGCCUUAAUGCUUCCAACACAAGUAAAGUAGCCCCCAAGUUUCAUGUUAUAGUUGCGGAAUAUGUUAGCCAUAUCCAAAAAAAAAGAAGAGCUGCACAAAACGCAACUCUAGAGAUCGCCGAAGUAAAAGAGGAGAAUAGCUCUUAAGGCACGGCAUCACGUAAAACUGAAGCCUGUAUAUUUUCUUGGCAAGUUGGUGAUGCAAUUAUAGCAAGUAUAUUUGGUUAAAUAGGAUUUCAUGUGGGAAGACGACGAAUGAUUUGGAAGAGAACUUGUAUGUAUAAAGGGUACUGCAAUCUAACCGAAUUUAGUCUAAUAUUGAGCUUGAUUUGUUCAAUGUGUUCUGCUUAUGUUGGUGUUCUUGUGAAUCCAUGCAAUGUUGGAAGAUUAUGAAACAAGAAACACACAACAAUUCAGUUGUAUUUUAACUCAAUAUUUUUGUUAAAUAAAGUUCAUUUUUGAACCUGA